AUGUCGACGAUACGUCUGGCAUUGGUCGCACUGGCAGCCGGCUCGUGGGGCGAUGCAAGUCAAAGUCAGUACCACAUUCAAACGGAUGAGGGACCCGAGAGAUAUUUCCGCUUUCAGACCGACAACGGACAGUUUCGCAAGGAGAAACGACUCCAGGACGGCACUGUCAUCGGCACCGAGGCAUGGAUCGAUGCAGCUGGCUUUUUGCGUCAAAAGGACUACAUUGCCGAUAAGGAAGGCUAUCGUAUACUUAAGUCAAAGACCAUCUAUGUGGGCCAGGGCAGACCCAUUGAGGAUGCCAUCAAAUCUACAAAGACAUCGCCGGCACAGUCAGGCAUUCUGGUUGAUGGCAAUGCAGGUGGCAAUAGCGUAGCUGGCGGCUAUCGAAAGCAUGCUUAUGGUUAUAGCAGCACUACAACAACGACUACACCAGCACCGCCACAGCCACUGUAUGAGCCACCGAACUUGGCCACUGCAAAUCUGGCCUCGGGCGUGGGUAAGCUCAACUAUUUGCCACCGGAACAGGCAGCGAAGCUGCAGCCACAAUCGCAGUUGGGCUUCGAUCAUUAUCCGGACGAGCUACCUCGAGCACGGGACCAGCUGUUGCGUGGCAAUGUGCACAUUCAGCCCAAUGCAGAACCGAUUGAUGACAUCAACGCCAUCAAUGUGUACGAUGAGGAGGCUGAUCAUAACUUUGCGCCGGGUCGUUUCGCUUCCGUCAUCGGCUCCACGACUCCCCGAACUCCCCUGUUUGUGCCGUCACCCUCACCAGCGCUCUCAACGCCAGAGCUAUCCAUGUUGCCACCCUUGGGCGCCUCGCAGCGACGACGUCUGCGUCCACGACCCACAGCCAUAGGCAUUGUGUCCAGUACACCGGCGCCCAUCGCAGCGGGGGAUAGCUUUGGCUACUCCACGCCGGCACCCUUUGCACCGCAGCCACUGCCCUCCUUCGUUUCGGAUGUCGGCUAUUCUUAUGCGCCCGCACCCUCAUCCGCCAGCAGUGGCUAUGGUUUCUAUACGCCCAACUCACCGGUGGACGUUAAUGCAUUGGGUUCGGCGGCGCUGUUGCCUCCGUUGCCGGAUCGAGCAUAUCGCCGCCGAUUGCGUCCGCUGCAUAGCAACAACUUGGAUGCGUCGGACUAUGAUGGCGUUAGUGUGACGCGCAAUGGAUUCCGCUAUGUGCUGCCCAAGCAGUAUCACGAGGAGGCCCAAGUGGACGGCAAGCGAGCAGGCAGCUUUGGCUAUGUGGAUCCAUUUGGCAUACGCCGCGUUGUCUACUACAAUGCAUCGCCCGGACGCGGAUUUGUGCAUCGCAAUAACAAUCAGUAUGUGGGUGCAAAUGGUGCGCCCUACGAUGAUCCUGGACCGGCGCAGUUGGUGAAUGAGUAAGCUGCGAGGCAACGAUGAGCAACGAUCGAAGCAUCCUUGUCCGCAGCUUUGAGAGCGGCGUUAGAAUUAAUCAAAUCGAUCCAAACACACAAACUGCCCCCGGAAUCACACACAACAAGCACCAAAACUAACCGAAUAGCCUCAAAGAAAGGGUAUUCAAGCAUUUGUGAAUAUUUGAAAUAUUUAAUAGUGCUAAUAGUACCCUUAACGAAAACGCAUCACUUGAUUAAUCUGUAUAUAACCAUCACGCUUUAAACAUUUAUCUCUCAAUCACAUACACACACGAACAGAAACAAAAUCAAACAAAACGAAUAUCUGUGUUAAUUAAUUUAAUACUUAUAUGUGUAACUUAAUUUAUGUAUAAUCAAUCCAACUGUGCAAUCUUGCGCGGUAGCUGUAGUUGUAGUUAAAUUAAAGCUUCAUUAGGGCCACUCACUGUUGAGCGGGGCCCACACUUUUGUAGUUAAGUGAAAUCGUUUCAUGUAUUAAUCUUGCCAUAUUAACAACACGUAAAUAAAUACUUAACAAACACACACUUAUAAAGAAGCAGAACACACACACACACACACACAUAAACACACCUAGCCUUUAAAUCAGUGUGUAAUUUCUUUGUUAAUAGUUGUUCAUUAUGCAAAAUCACUAAUGCAAUUCUUAAAAACAAUGAGCACCCGUUGCCAAGAAAUUAUAGCAAGCUAAAAUACAACAAAUUAUUGUUCAAUAUUUAGCUCUGUAAAAAUAAAAAAGAUAUAUAUAUAUUU